AUGAUUUAUUUUAAAAACAUUAUUUUGUUAUCCUUUUUAUUACUAUUUUCCCUAUUUGGAAUAAUACAAUGUACACAUUUUAAUAUAGGACCAUAUGAAAAAGAUUGUAUUCAAUUAAAAGCAGAAAAAAACAACAUGAUUGUUGGGUCUUAUGAGUUUAUGGAUAGGAAAGCAUCAUGUAUUAUAUCUAUUUUUAAUCGAAGUGACAAAAAAAAGGAACCUGUUUUUAAAUCAACAAAAAUACAAGACAAGUUUGAGAUUCAGGUUCCAGCAGCAGCUGUUUAUUCCUUCUGUUACGAUAAUAGGAAAAAUUCUGAUGUAACAAUUAUGUUUACACUAAGAGUAAAAGAAAGUCAUAAUGUGAAUGACUCUGAAUUAAGUACUAUAGACGAUGUGAAACAAAUUAAUGAGAAAACAUCUGAAUUAUUUGAUCAAUUCUUGGAGGUGUUUGAUGAACAAGAAAGGAUGAUGGAGAAGUCCGAUUUAUAUAAACAAUUUAAUGAAAAAAUGAAUUCCAAAUUAAUCCUGUGGUUAGAAAUACAAAUCAUUUUAUUGGUUGUUCUAACAUUAGUUCACAUAUAUUAUAUAAAAUCUUUUUUUGAAAUAAAAACUAUAGUUUAA